GAAGUCCCAUGUUUUUAAGCUUUCAAGAUACGUAAUCUUGCGAAGGGCGCCAGAAUGUUUUCACGCUUAGUAGAAAUAGGUAAUUCUCGAAUACGAUUUAAGACAAGGAAUUAUUCGUAAAGUACGAUGUCUCUUGAAUCAGACGGCACAAGCUCUCCUUCUAGUACCUUGCGAGAAAGCUUCAUGCAUCUGUUAGAGAGUCGCAAAGAUUCUAUAGACGUUCUUGGUAAAGAAUUAAAAAUAGAUACAACUCAAUUCAAGGCAGUCCGUGAGGUUGUUUCCACAUAUGAAGAAAGAGAUGGCCGGGAACUGUCACAGAAUAAAUGGGGGUCCAUAUUUAAAAGCCUUGGAUGUUCGGAAGAAUUUAAAACGCUUUUGGAAGGAGAUUUAUUGCUUGAUGUAAACAGUCUGGAUAAUUGUCCUCCAAACAAUGUCAGCAGCCAGGCUAAAGAGAGUCUUCAUAAGAAAUCAAGAGAAAGUGAAUUGCCGUCCAAACCAGGAGAUGAUGUAAAGGAGACUUGGAAGACAAGCACUGACCUAGGUGAUUGCCCAGAAAAGAGUUUUUCAUCUUCGCUGGAUAAACCAAGAACAGAUGUAGUGAAUGAUUCUACCAGGGAAGUGAAAGAUGAUGAAGUAGAACAUCUUUAUCCAGAAGUUGGUAAAGCUGCAGAAAGUAUGGUGUCAUCAAAUGGACAAAACUUAGACCCACAUGUCAGGGAUGUGGGGGAAGAGAGCUAUUCAACAACACAAAUCAGUGAAGAUGGUAUUUUCAGAUCAGAUGACUUGAGCUCAAGAUCACCACCAGCCACUCCUGAGGUAAGAAAAGCUCAAUUAUCAAUAGUAACUGGGUAUCAGUUCCGUCCAAAUAACCCAAUAACUGAUCAAGCCACUGUUGUCUAUCGAGAUGGGCAGAAUCUCUUAGAAAACAGAAGUUUUUCAUGUGCUGAGUUUUCACCACCUGAUGCACAUAGCUUAGCAACUGCAAACCAAUUUCAGCAGGUCACUCCAUCUGAUGCAUAUGGUAUGGAUGAAGAGAAAAAUAGUGGCACAUUGUUACAGAUUGAAACAGGUCCUAGUCUAAACUCUUGUGGUGGAGGUACAAGACCUGGAAUGGUUUCUCCUGAUGUGGCAAAUUCCCAGUCAUCACUUGAAGAAAAUCAGAAAUUACAACCAAGCAACCUAAUGGUUGAUCAAGAAAAUGGUGUGGACCAUGACAGGCAGACUUUGCUGGAAAACAGGAUGUCAUAUGACCAUCAAUUCUCACCAGCCUUUGAUGGAAGUAUUUUACCAGUUGCUGCAAUGCAGGACUCUGUAAACCAACUCCAGCAGGCCACUCCAUUUGAAAAAUAUGGCACAGAUGAAGCAGAAGACAGCAAUUCAUCAUCACAGAGUGGUACAGAAGCUAGUUUGUCUUCAGGUGACUUUACCACACCAUCACAACUAGUUACUACUGAAGCAGCAAACUCCCCUCAACUUGGUCAAUUACAACCAAAUAAUUUAAUAGCUGGUGUUCAAGGAAUUGCUGUGAAUCAUGAUGUGUCAGUUUUGCCGGGAAACAGGGGAAUACCUCUUAACCCUCAAUUUUCACAAGUUUCCAAUGCUAGUAGAUUAUCAGCUGUGUCUGCAAUACAGGAUCCUGUGAGCCAACACCACCAGGGUAUAGCAUGGGACACGGAAGACAGCUUUUCAUCGUCACAUAGUGACACAGAUGGGAGUUUGUCUUCAGAUGACUCAAGGACACAGUCAAGACCAUCUACUCCUCAACCAGCAACUUCCCCUCAAUGUCACAGAUUAUAUCCAAGCAACCUGAUGGCUGGUGAAGCAAAUGCAGCUGUGAAUUGUGAUGGGCCAGACUUGCUGGAAACUGGGGGAAUGCCACUCAAUGCUCCACUGUCACUAGCUGUCAGUGCAAGUAGUUUACCAACGGUGUCUUCAAGGUCUGCAAUACAGGAUCCUGUGGGCCAAUACCACCAGGCUACUGCAACUGACACACAUGGCACAAAUGAAGCAGAAGAAAACAUUUCAUCAUCACAGAGUGACACAGAUGGGAGUUUGUCUUCAGAUGACUCAAGGACACAGUCAAGACCAUUCACUCCUCAAGCAGCAAAUUCCCCUCGACUUCACAGAUUACAUCCAAGCAACCUAAUGGCUGGUGAAGCAAAUGCAGUUGUGAAUUAUGAUAGGCCAGCCUUACUGGAAACCAGGGGAAUGUUACUCAAUGCUCCAUUGUCACCAGCUGUCAGUGCAAGAAGUUUACCAGUAGUGCCUUCAAGGUCUGGCACAGAUGAAGCAGAAGGUGGGAGUUUAUCUUCAGAUGACUCAAGGACACAGGCAAGACCAUUCACUCCUCAAGCAGCAAAUUCCCCACCUGUGCAUGCAAGGUUUGCCAUGCAGGAUCCUGUUGGCCAUGUCCACUGGGGUAUGGCUCGUGAGAUGAGCAGAGAUGAGGAGGAAAACAGCAAUCAGCCAUCAGAAAAUGAUGAUGAAACUCAGGACAUGAAUAUUCUUCAGCAGGUUCAACCGUUACAGUUUAAAGACAUAGCAUUCUUGAUUCAGGAGCUACAGGAGAAGUCUACAAAACUUGAGGCAUGCAAGCAAGAAGUACAGCAUUGUAGACAGCAGUAUGCUCAGCUUCAGGGAAUCAAUGAUGAGUAUGAAAGACUUUUGGAUGGCAGCAAUCAUCUACAACAAGAAAAUCAGCGUCUGAUAAGGAUGACUCAGGAGAUGUGUGAACUGAAAGGUCAGGAGAUUCAGCAACUCAGACAGUUGUAUGAACAGAAAGAACAGGAAGUUGAAAGACUCACAGCGGAGAAUGAAAGUCUUAGAGGGAAGCAGAUACAGAUGCUUCGUCAAAUGGCCCAAAUUAAUGACAGUUCUCAGCAGCAAAUAGAGCAGCUAAGAAGGGAAGGUCAAGAACGUUCAGAAGAAUUGCGACAGACGGUUCAAGUGGUCGAGCAGACACAACGUGAACUUGAGGCGGAACGUGAGAGUUUGAGGCUUGAAAAUGAAAGGAUGUUAGAUCAGAGGAUGACAGACGAAGUGAAAGUACUGAAACGAGAACUAGACGAACAAAAACGUAAAAGAACAGAAGCCGAAGAGCACAUUAAAUGUCUGUUAGAGAAAAAUUACCAGCUGUACGCAAUGAUGGAAGAAUUGAUGUCUAGGCCAGCCGAAGGUGCAGACGUUUGUUGUAGUGCCUCAUCUCCUGAUACAUUGCAGGAGAAUCUUGUAUCAAGCAGCAAUGACUCGACUGUUGAAGAAGCUGAUGAGGAGAGUGAUGAAGACGAAGAGAUUUUCGAGGAUGCGCUGGAUCAGUUGUGAAGGGUGCAAAUCUCGCUCCUUCCUAGACGUUUUGAUGUCAAAACUUGAUUAUGUAUAUAUACGUCAACUGUAUUUUAAAUUGUAUUUAAAAUUAGGAACAUAGCUUUUCCCAUUUGUGAGGUCAUGUGUUGUAAAAAGUUGCUAAAGGUAGUUGCGUAAUAGCGUAGAUAUUGCAUCAUACGAGCAAUUUCCUGUAAAUACUCGCGCUUUUUAAAAUUGUCUUGUGAAAAUUUUUAAACUUUUACUCCCAGAGGUGAUUAACAUGUUAUUUCUCUCUAUACUAUCCAUACAUUAUCCAUCAAAUAGGUGAUGAUUAUCUUGAGCUAACACCAAAUUCUCAUAACCAAUUUACAAGGAAAGGUAUAGCAGCUAGAGGGGAGAAUUAACUAUCAGAUCUUGGGAGUUAUAGGGUUAAACUCGCUGUCAAAAGAUGGUGGAUGUCUAUUUUAGGUGUUAUGUAGAAUAAUUAAUAGUCAACGGUUACUUUUUCAUAUCAAACAGUUGUCCUUCUUGUAUGUAAAUUUAUGACGAAGGAAAAAUAUAUUAGUUUAUGCGCGUCUCCAUUUGUGUUUUACGAAAGGGUCUUAAAAGGAUUUUUAAAAUGUAUAUCUUGUAGCAAUCCCUCGGCCGCUAUCAUUUUCAAUUGGAAUAUGCACAUAUAUUGUUCAUGAUGAUUUAUAUUUCCCACUAGAUUGUAUAUUAUUUAUAUGCCGAGGUUUUUUAUACGACUGUACCUUUCAGAAUAGAGAGUCUUUCGAAACACUUUUGUAGACUUUCGUACAAAAUAUUCAAUGAAUUCAAUUGAUUGUGAUGAGUUCACGACUAAACUCUCAAAGAGUGGAUGAUUUACAUUAGAUGCAAAAUUUUAUCGAAAACCUGAGAUUUUCAGUGUAUGGUUUAGACUUAUCCUGGCCAUGAAACAGAGGUGGUUAGACGGAAAAAAAUCUUAUUUCAAUAUCAAAUAUUGAAAUUUAUUUUAACUGGUUUAUUGGUAGUGAAAAAAUAAUGAAAUAAGUUACAAUUAUUUACUUUUUAUUCACCAAUAAUUGUUAAAAUAUUGAGUUUUAUUAAUUAAUUCUAUGUUUUAAUGAGAGGAACAAUUAAUGAUGUU